AUGAUAUCGCUAGGUAUCGAUAAAGAGGGCGAAGAGCCACAAUUCAAACGAUACUAUGGCCUGACGAUGAAGCACAUUCAGUCCGAUGAUAUGCUCAAUGGCAUUUUAAAGAGGAAACAUGGCGGAUCAAUGGCUCGCAUGCUUGCCUACCUGUUCCCAGACUAUCAAUGGCUGCCCUGGCUGUUCAAACAUGCACCCAAAGGCCUCUACGACGACCCUCAGACCGUGCGCGAAAUGCUCCGUUGGUAUGCCAACGAACAGCUCCUGCGACCGCACGACUUCUUCUCGUUCUCGCCAUUCCACUUUGCUCGUAUGGGUCUGAACAUUGACUUUAUCCAGUACCGCCGCCAUCUAAUAGAGACAUUCCCCGAGGUGGAAUGGUGCCCAUGGAUGUUCUACAAGAAGCCGUCGUGGAUUUGGCACUCGGCCUCCAUGCGCCAAUACUUUGCCGAGUGGACGUUGCGCACCUUUGACAUUACAAAGAGCGAGUUUUGUUUCUUGGAUCUGCAACGCAACAACGUCUUCUACUCGACCACUCUGUAUAGCCAGCUGGGGCCUACGCACUAUGAUGUAGCGCGUGCGAUCUACCCCGACGAGAAAUGGAACGAAGCAGAAUUCGAUAUCAAAGCCAUCAAGAUCAGUGGCGUCAUUGAUCUUGUCGAGUUUGAGAUGAAUGCUGAUCCGUCAAAGAACUCUGGUGAUUACUUUAGCGACGUCAAUAUACCAGAGUAG